UAAGUUUUCCCUCUCGCCUGUCUGCACUUCCACCCGGAGAAAGCCCCCUGAAUUCGACCAAACUUGCCGGGCAUUAUCGCCGGAUAAUUCUUCCAAACCCCAAGUCCACCACCACCCAUACGUCCCUCACUACUACUGCUCUGAAUCACGCCCCUUCCGGAAUAUACUCUGACCUCUCUGUUUAACACCACCAUAGUCUGCCCGUUUCCCCGCCGUAUCCAGACGUAUCCCUCCAUCCCGGCCGUCUACGGGACCUUGACCGCGUAUCCAGUCACUUCGAAUGCCCUACGCCUGCCCCAGGCCUGCCCGACUCGUGUCCGGCCACGCGAUUCUCCUCAGAAAGUUACUGCCCCGUAGUCCAAAGGAUGCAAUUUUUGAAAGACAUUGUACCAGCUGCAUUGAACAAUGUAAACACAAAAUUCAUAAUUUUAGACAAAGGAAGAGUAUCAGUAGAUGUACAAUCAAAGAUGUGCUUGGCAUUAGUGGGUGAUGAGACUGCAGCCGUUCAUUUCCAGAUGUGGGCUGAUGAGUGUGAUCAAUUUGAGCCUGGUGACAUUAUUACUCUUUCAGAUGGCAUAUUCUCUUACUGUUGCAACACUCUUGUGUUAAGAGCUGGCAAGAGAGGUAAGGCAGAAAAGGUGGGAGAGUUCACCAUGUCCUUUGUCGAGACACCAAACAUGAGUGAGAUUCAUUGGAUCCCUGAUCCUAAUAACUCAAAUAUAUAUGUCGCUGAUCAUGUUAUUUCUCCCUAUUCGCGAGUUUUCCCGCCUGCAUCCUGACAAGGGCUCCUCGCAGACUGCAAAAUCCUUCCAGAAUGGUUACCAAUAUUCUGUCAUAUGGAUGUCCUGCAACUUCCCAGCCUUUAACCCAUGAGCACUUCAGAUCCAGUGUAGAAGCUGUCUGCCUUGAGGAACCUUCAUCUUCCCUCACUAGAGUGAUGCAUUCUCAGUUAUCAUAUUCUUCUUGUAACUGGGGACAACCCACUUUAAUCAACAAGAGGAUUGCAUGGUUGCUUAGAAGCAAUGCAGAUGGCAGGGGAUUGAAUUCUUCUUUUACCAGUGACAACAGCGAUAGAGCUCGGCUUAUUAGGGCCAUUGAAGCUCUUCAAGCCAAAUUGAACACAAGAAUGAAGGGGUUUAGGGCGAAUCUUCCCAUGAAGUUGCUGCUUUUGUUAAUUGGCUUUUAUUGUGCAACAGCUUUUGCCACAGUAAUUGGGCAGACUGGUGACUGGGAUGUUCUUUCCGCUGCAUUGGCCGUGGCUGUGGUGGAGGCCAUUGGUGCUCUCAUGUACAAAACGUUCUUUCCUUUUAUAGAUAAGGUAAAGGAUCUAAUCACCAUGCUCAAUUACUGGAAAACUGGACUCACCCUUGGACUUUUCUUGGACUCCUUUAAGUAUUAGCUUUAGGUGGAAAUGGAAUUAACUAAAGAGCAUUGUUAUUGUGGAGACCAAACAUGCGCUUAUGAAGAUCCAAUGAAAUGCUCCCCAUGCUUUCUCACCUUUUUUGGAUUAUCCGAGGCACAUUGAGACCAAUAUGUGUAUGUGAAAUAAUGACAAAUAAAACUUUUCAUGUAUAGUUACCAUAGUAUUACGUAGUAUUUCCGCAGUGAUGGGUGAUCUGAUGUUAUCGUUUGACUUUAGCAAUGAUAGUCUAUUGACUCUAGUCUAUAUAAUCAUUUUUUUAACUAUGAAUUCUGUAUGUUAUAAAAUAGGAAUCUCU